AUGGGAUGUAGACUUAGCUCUCCAAAUCAACAAUGCUGCUACCUCAAAGAUUCUGCGCAAAACUUAAUAUAUAUACAAGUAGACAAAAAGAAAUAUAUACAUGCAAACAUCAAGGAUCUAAACACAACUCCUAUACAACCUUGCUCUAAUACUACAAAACAACUACAAAAACACACCUUUACUACGUAUAAAGACCAGAUCUCAAAAAACUUAAUGGAAGCCACACCCAAUCUACAACAAAAAUUAUGGAAAAUAUACAGAUCUCUUCAUGGGAAAAAAGCAUUGAAUGUUAAUAUAAAUAUACAAUCUAACAGCACGAAUUCAACACACAACCCCACAGCCUGCUGGACAAUAAUCGACACACCUCUUGACCUACAAAUCUCAAAUCUAACUUGGCCGUCUAAAAGAAAAGCCUUACUGACAGCACUACUAACUCUAAUCACCGCAGUACCAUAUGCAUGUAUACUAAACAUUUCUACAGAUGAAAAACAACUAGCCUAUGACUUCAUAAACAUAGUCCAAACCCCCACAUACCUUGCCAAUCAAUUACUAUCUACAACCUUCGGAAUUUACAAAGCAACCAUAAAAGCAGCAAUUAUGAGGAAAGACCUAACA